AUGGCACCGCCUGGACGACGGAAGUUAUCGACUCUCAGCGUUCUGACACUGUCUCUCCUCCUUUUCUCCACGACCGCGUAUGCCGCAGCGGCAGUCCUGGGUAUAGAUCUGGGGACAGAAUAUCUGAAGGGAGCCAUUGCCAAACCUGGAUCUCCUAUUGAAAUUGUCCUAUCCAAAGACUCCAAGAGAAGGGAAGCCGCUACUCUCGCAUUCAAACCUUCCAGAACUCAGACAAAGGAUGACAAGGCCUUCCCCGAACGUCUAUAUGGAGGAGAUGCCGUAGCUCUUUCCGCGAGAUUCCCAAGCGAUGUCUAUCCCAAUCUGAAGAGUAUACUAGGUCUGGAAUACUCUACGGACCCUGUAAAGAACUACGCCACCCGAUAUCCUGGUUUGAAUCUCGAAGUCGUCCCGAGAGGCAAUGGAACGGAAAAGAACAGCGGAACUGUGGGCUUCAAGAGUCACAGCUUUGGGACCAAGGAAGACGAAAUAUUCAUGGUGGAAGAACUGCUGGCCAUGCAGUUGAAAAACCUCAAGAGCAAUGCGGAGGCAAUGGUCGCGAAGGGUGUACAUGUCACGGACGUGGUCAUUACGCAUCCUGCGUUCUUUACCGCUGAUGAGAAGCGAGCUAUUCAGUUGGCUGCGGACCUGGCGGGUUUGAGAGUUCUAGGUCUCGUGAGCGAUGGGCUCGCCGUCGGCCUCAACUAUGCAACGCACCGGACGUUCGACAGCGUGACUGAUGGUGCUAAGCCAGAGUACCAUCUGGUCUAUGAUAUGGGUGCUGGAUCGACAACGGCAACGGUGCUCAAGUUUCAAGGCAGGACAAUCAAAGGUCCUGGAAAGCGGAAUUCCACUGUCCAAGAAGUUAUUGCCCUUGGCGUGGGAUCCGAUGCCUCACUAGGUGGAGAUUCUUUGAAUGACGUUGUUGUCGAAGACAUCAUCUCCCGGUUUCUUGAGUCGCCAAGUGCGAAAAAUCUAGGGCUGAGUCGUGACCAAGUUAGGUCUCACGGGAAAGCAAUGGCGAGAAUCUGGAAAGAGGCCGAGCGAGUCCGUCAGCUCCUCAGCGCCAAUGCAGUUUCUUCGGCCACCCUUGAAGGACUUUAUGACGAUGAUAUCACCUUCAAGUACAGUCUUACUCGGGAAAGGUUCGAAGAACUCGCCGCAGACCAUGCUUCACGCGUAGGCUCACCGAUCGAAGCGGCUCUGCAGUCCGCUGGGCUGCAACUGGAUGAUCUAGACUCAAUAAUCCUACACGGAGGAGUAGUGAGAACUCCUUUCGUGCAGAAGCAACUCGAAAAGGUGGCUGGUGGGCCAUCCAAGCUGAAAACCAAUGUCAAUGCUGACGAGGCUGCGGUAAUGGGAGCAGCUUUCAAAGCUGCAUCCUUGAGCCCUAGCUUUAGGGUCAAAGACAUCCGAGGGACAGAUAUUUCUGGCUUCUCCUUUUUCCUGAGAUGGAGUGUCGCGAACAAGGAAAAGACACAGAAAGUGUUCCACCCAACCUCGCAAGUUGGAGCUGAGAAGCAAGUGCCCAUCAAAACGCUGGAAGAUAUCACCUUACGCUUCACCCAGGCAGUCAAGGAGCUAGAAGUUCCUGUAACGGAGGUUGGGGCUUCAAACUUGACGAAAUCAGUGGGCGAGCUGAAGGAAAGGCAUGGUUGUGCUCCGGCAAAUGUAAGCACCGUUUUUACUAUGCGGUUGAGCCAUGUGGAUGGAUUGCCAGAAGUUGUUUCAGGGUCUGUCAGCUGCGAAACCGAGAGCAUCAAAGGCGGAACCGUCAUUGACAACGUCAAAGGCUUGUUUGGCUUCGGCUCAAAGAAGGACAGCGAGCAGAAGGUUGUUGGAGACGAAGAUGCUAGUGGAGAGACUGCUGAGUCUCAAACACCAUUGCCUGCGUCUGAUCCCACAAGCUCUGGAUCGACCAUGUCAUCCGCCUCUCCAUCGCUAACAGAGUCAGCCGCGUCCUCCUCUUCGGCGACCAAAGUCGCCAAAGCAAGCAAAGCAACGCCAACAACAGUCUCAAUCCCCAUCGCCCUGAGAUCAACUGUUACCGGGCUCAAUGCUCCACCUACUUCAAUUUUACCUCGCCUCAGGCAGCGUCUAACUCAAUUCGAUAUAUCAGAUCGGAAUGCUGCCCUUCGGGCUGAGGCUUUGAACAAUCUCGAGGCCUUCACGUACCGAGCCAGGGACUAUCUCGAGGACGAGGGCUUCAUUGCUGCCUCAAGCGCGUCAGUUCGGAAUGAACUUGAACAGCAGCUGUCGAGCAUCUCGGAGUGGCUGUACGGUGACGGCCUUGACGCCAAACUCCAAGACUUCGAGGACAAGCUGAAGAACCUCCAUGCGCUAGUCGACCCCGUCUUGAAGCGACAGGAUGAAGCCACAAAACGGCCCGAUGCUGUCAAGAGUCUGAAGGAGGGGCUGGAGAACUUGAAAGGCAUGAUAACAAUGGUAGAAGGAAGUAUCAAGAAGGCUUCUGAAAACGCGGCAUCGAGUGCAAGCGAAGCUGCAGAGUCUACAGCUUCAAGUGCUUCAGGCCCGUCUCCAAUGGAUGGCGAUGACCUUGACGAAGACCCAUAUAGCAGCAAGUCAACAGACGAAGCACCGGAGACUGACGAACCGCCUCCGAUCAAACCGUACGAAUACACAAAUGAAGAUCUUGCAGCUCUGACAACGAAGUAUGAUGAGGUCAAGGAAUGGCUCGACGAGAAACUUGCCCUGCAAGACAAACUCGGGCUACACGAAGAUCCAGUUUUCCUGGUUACUGAAUUGCAGGCCAGGGGGCUAGCACUACAGAAAGUGGUUUCGGAUACUAUUCUGAAAACAAUAAAAAUGCAAGAGAUCCCCAAAAAGGGAAAGACAGGGAGUGGAAAGAAAGAGCCAGGAAAGGGAAAGGUCAAGAAGACCAAAUCCUCGAGCACGAGUGGAGGCGAAGCUUCCAAAGCGAACACUUCAUCGACCCCAUCCGGAACGUCGAGCGCCACGGCGACAAAGAGCGUCAAGGACGAGUUGUAG